CCCAUACAUAGCAAGAUUGUGUGUGGAUGUAAACUAUCUGGAUUUUCAUGGAUCACGCAGUUUAACAGGGUGAUCUCCAUGCAACCAGACAGCCAAGAACACCAUAUUCAGAAUCCAAGAACACCAUAUUCAGAAUCCAAGAACACCAUAUUCUAAAACAGACUGUUUAUCACCCCGUGACCUGGUUGCCAUAGAGCCAGUCGGACCAUGGCCGGCGGUGUGGGGGAGAGCCAGCUUCAGAGGAUUAUCAGAGAUCUGCAUGAUGCUGUUGCUGAGCUCACUAAAGAGUACAGGGAGAAUGGGGAGCCAAUCACAGAUGAUAGUCCCAAUCUGCAGAAAUUCUCCUACAAACUGGAGUACCUUCUACAGUUUGACCAGAAGGAGAAGACAACAUUUCUUGGCACCAGAAAAGACUACUGGGAUUAUUUCAGCGACUGUCUGGCCAAGAUCAAAGGAGCCAACGAUGGUAUCCGCUUUGUCAAAUCCAUCCCUGAGCUGAAGACUUCUCUGGGGAAAGGCAGGGCUUUCAUUCGUUACUCCCUAGUGCACCAGCGACUGGCUGACACGCUGCAGCAGUGCCUGAUGAACCAAAGGGUGACCAGUGACUGGUACUAUGCUCGCAGCCCCUUGCUGAAAUCCCACCUCAGUGUUGACAUCGUAAGUCACCUGUAUGAGCUCAACGAGAUCCAGUUUGACGUGGCUUCCAGGGGUCAUGACCUUGACUCGUCUUGGCCCACCUUUGCAAGGAGGACACUGGGCAUGCCCAACUCACCUGGCCACAUGUGGAAACCACCCAGUCGCAGCUCCAGCAUUAACAGCCUGGCCAGCACAUACUCACAGCACGCUCAUGAGUUCCCCGGCAGUCCUGAGUACGGCCCGGGCAUGCUGAGCGAGCUGAACGAGUCGCUGCCUUCAGGCGUGGAGGUGAGCAUGUUGGAUGAGCUCCGCCUGGAGCUGGACCAGUCAGAGCUGAAACAGCGGGAGCUCCAGGACAGGGUGCGCCUGAUGGGGGAGGAGGGUGCUGAGCUCAAAGGCGUGGUGGUGGAGCUCCAGAGGCAGCUGGACGUUUCGCUGACCGCACAGGAGGAACAGCAGGGAAUGCAAGGGACCCUGAAAUCCCUGGAGAGGCGUGAGGAGGCCUUGUCCCGCGAGCUGCAGACCCUGAGGGCUGGGGAGAGGGCCAGGGAAGCAGAACAGCACCACAUCCAGGAGAAGCUGGUGGCCGCAGAGGGGAAGAACGUAGAACUAAUGGCCAAGCUGGACGGCGUGUUGGAUGAGAAGGGCCAGCAGGUGACCAGCUAUUUUGACUCAGCACAGAAGAUCCACGAGCUGCUGGACAGACUGAAGGAGGCAGAGGGGGGGAAGAUAGAGGCUCUGGCAGAGGGAGAGGAUAGGAGGAGGCAGGCCGAGAAGCUGGCAAAUGAGCUAAGGGUCAAGGAGGUGGCAGCAAAGGAGGAUGAGGCCAAGCUGGAGGCGCUGUCAAAGUCUGCUGCAGAGGAGAAGUCUAAGUUCGCAGAGUGUGCAGAGGAGCAGUGUAACGCCAUUGACAAGCUGCAGGGGGCAUUGACUUUGAGGGAGAAGGAGGCCAGCAACCUGCAGAGGCAGCUGCAUGACCUCCAGAGUGCUCUGGAAGAAAGGGAGAUACAUGCCGAGGAGGCCAGGGACAGGGCGCAGGAGGAGAAAGAGGAGAUCCAGGGAAGAAUGGGCAAUCUGAAAGAAGCCUUGGAGGUGGAACUCCUCUACCUGAAGAAGCAGUUGAAGACCAGAGAGGCGGAGCUGCUCUCCAGCACCCAGAAGCUCCRGCACCUGGAGGUCCAGAGCCAUAGCCUGACCACAGAGCGUGACGGCCUGAGCGCCAACCUCUCAGGACUGGAGUCCAGCGUUAGGGAGCAAGCCAAUAGGAUCGAGGAGUACAAGACCCAGUGCACCAACCUGAUGGAGCUGAACGGGAAGUUGCUGGGCACAGUGAAGAGGAAUGAAGAGCUGAAGAAGGAGCUGGCGGAAAGCCGGGUAGCCCUUGAGGGUGAGGUGGCUGCUCUGAGGGCCUCUGACAAGCAGUUGAGGGGCCAGCUGGACGACGCCAAAGUGACUGUGGAUGAGAAGGACAGGAGGCUGCGUGAGGAGAACCGGGCCUUGGACGAGAGUCUGCAGAGGGCAGCCAUGGCUGCCGAGGUGUCAGAUGCCGCCGGCAAACGGCUGGAGCAGGAGAACCUAGGCCUGAGGGAGGAGCAGGCCACGGUGAGGGCGGCCCUGAGCUCCAUGCAGGAUGAGCUGAAGGCCAUCCAAGGGCAGAUCGGAGAGCUGGAGAAGAGCUUGGGUCGGUCCCGCAGGAGUGAGGCGAGCCUGCAGGAGCAGCUCAAAGACCGGCAGGCCCAGCUCGAGAACAAGGAGAAAGGCUGUGUAGAGCUCCAGGCCAGGGUGGAGGCCCUAGAGGCCAGGGGGAGGGCACUGGAGAAGGCUAAGACAGAUGCAGAAAAGGCCUGCGCCAAAAAGACAAAGCUGAUAGAGAGGGUCACCACCGAGAAGCAGACGGUGGAGAGAACCCAGCUAGUGAGGAGCUCUGCCCAGGCCAAGGAGAGCCAGGAGAUAGCCGCCAAAAUGACCAUGGURGAGGGCCAGCUGGAGGUGAACAUGAAGGAAGUGACCAGGCUCCAGGCGGAAGUGCUGGAUCUGAGGUUGCAGCUGAACACCUCUGCGGAGGACAGGAUGAGGAGCCAGGCCCAGCUGGAGGUGACGGAGGCCCAGAGAGACGAACUCAGGACCCUAACGGAGCAGCUUAAAGCCCAGACCGAGGCACUCAACCAGAGGCACGUAGCCGAGCUCCUGCAGUACAAUGAGAGGGAAGAGGCUCUGAGCAGGGAGCGUGACCRGGUGGAGGCAGCCAACCGGGCAGAAUUAGCCUCCUCUGUGGCCUUCGCCAGAGGAGAGCUGGCCACACUCAAGACCCAGAACGAGAGGCUGGCCAUAGAGAAUGUUGAGACACGCGAGGGCCUCCACCGGGCCAAUACAGAGAUGGCAGAGCUUGGGAUGACCAUAUGUAGACUGACAGCAGAAAGGGAGGAGGCCAAGGAAGGCUGGGCGGGGGAGGCAGGCAGGAUAGGGGAGCUAGAGGAGCGGACGUCCAGGGAGGUGGAGCGGCAGGAGGCCUGCAUGGCCGCCCUUCGCCAGGAGAACGCCAGCCUGAGAGAGGAGCUGAGGAUGAUGGAGAACCUUCCGGCAGCCAUGCUGGAGCUCCAGGAGAAGCUGGAGAAUGCGGAGGGCCAGGUGAGGAGCCUCAAAGACUCAAGUCGGGAGGAGAUGGAGGCGGUCAAGUUCCAGAUGAGCUCCGAGAGCAUGAAUCAUCAGAACCAGAUCAAGAGUGUGAAUGAUGAGCUGGGGAAACUGAGAGUCCAGCUGCCAAAAGAGCAGGAGAAGGUGUCCGGUCUGGAGGCCAAAGUCUCAGAGUUAGAGGGGGUGAAUGAGGAGUACUCACGGCUGAUUGGAGAGAAGGAUGCUCACAUCACAAAGUCCGAAGCAGCCAUUUGUCAGAGUGAGGGAGAGAUUCAGCACCUAAGAGCCUCUGUCACCAGUGCUGAGGAGGCUCUCUCAACGGUUCAGGCGGUGUGUGAGGAGCUAAAGCAGAAACUGGAGCAGGCCGAGGUGGACAAGCGUAGUCAUUACCUUAGUACGACCGCAGAGAUCGACGACCUAUACCGAACCAAGAGCACCCUGGAGGAGCGCCUCAUCGAACUUAUCAAGGAUAAGGAUGUUCUAUGGCAGAAAUCAGACGCUCUGGAGUUUGAGCAGAAGCUGUGGGCAGAGGAGCGCUUGUUGCAGGACAAGGAGACCACCCACUGCCUGGGCUGCCAGGCCCAUUUCACCUGGUGGCUACGCCGACAUAACUGCAGGCUGUGUGGACGCGUCUUUUGCUACUACUGUAGUAACAACUUUGUGAUGACCAAGCACAGUGGGAAGAAGGAGCGUUGCUGCAGGGAGUGUUACUCCCAGCACAGCGCCGUGGUGGAGAGGUUCACCGAGGGUGAGCUGAGCCCCACCGAUACCCAGCCACCUCCCCCCAGUUUUGGGCCUCACUCACCCCCCGAACCAGCCCCCUACAAACCCACUCCCAGGGUUAAAGUGUCGGACCCCGGCGCCAAGUCUGAUGACGCGGCCUAUGACAUCAUCACACAGGAGGAAGUGAACGGGACCUAUGACAGCGACUCACUGUCCCAAACAACAGGAGGCUCACUGGAGGGAGAACAGGACGCACGGCCACUGGGGGCGCUAGACAUAGGCACAGGAGCAGUGUCCCCAGACGACCCGGAAGAGAAUGUACCCACUGUGCAGGACACAGAGAUCACCCUUCUCAAGUCUGGAGAAGUCACGUUGGUUGUCCCUCUCAGCAUCGAAGACAUCUCUCAGUUUGGCGAUGGCUCCCGAGAGCUCUUUGUCAAGUCCAGUUGCUACAGCGUGAUCAACAUCGCCGUGGUCGAUUGUGGACCUACCGUGAGCUGGGUGUUCUCCUCGGAGCCCAAGAGCAUCUCUUUCAGCGUGGUGUACCGUGAGACCGCCGACGUCCCGGUGGAACAGUCCAAGGUACUGAUUCCUCUGACUCGCUGUAACUCUCACAAAGAGACCAUCCAAGGCCAGCUGAAAGUCAGGAACCCUGGUCUCUACACUCUCAUCUUUGACAACUCCUUCUCAAGGUUCAUCUCAAAGAAAGUCCUCUACCACUUGACAAUCGAGAAGACGAUUAUAUACGAUGGGAGUGAUUUCUAAGCCUGGAUAAUGGAUACUAAUGCAGGGUGAAGGCUAUUUUUUUUUCAAAUGCUUAUUUGUUUCUGGAUGCCCCACCAAGUACAGUAUUUUAUGUUUGCUUUUGCUCUUUUAUUUAAAAAAAAAAACAGUUUUUGUUGGAUCCCUAUAUUUUUAACACUAAUGUUUUUAUGUUUUGAGUGUGUUGGUCAUGUUUUAGUUAGAGCACAAACACCUUACAGACAUGGUGGUUGUUUUGAACUAAUGGACUCUUCACAUAGAGUACAGAUGUAGGGUCUUAAUUUGAUUACCCUCUUGCAGGAGAACUUUCAUGAAAUUCAGGAAAUGUAAAACCUGUUGUGUAUUUGAGGCUUAAAGAGGCUUCUAAAGUUUGUUAUUUCCACUUUUACAUUUCAGACUUGAUUUUCCCUUACAAAAAUGUAUCAAACCCUAA